AGUCAGUGGAGUGCACUACUCGCUAAAGUCGUAAAGGUUGCAUAUUCACAUUUCUUAUUGUCUAAAAAAAAGUUGAAAUAUAAAUUCUGGCUCCGCGACCUAGAGACUGAGCAUCAACACAAUCGCUUGAGUUGCUAGAAAUAGGAGCUAAAUUUAUCUCGAGAUCGCACCUUACCGACUUAGAAAAGAAUAGCACAUCGAGUAAUAUGGUCCUAUGUGUACUGUAGCUCGAUAAGAAAACUCGAUGAUCGCUGUUGUAAUACCUUUGAGUAUAAAUCUGCUUGAUGAGAACAAACCUGGGGUUAAACAACAACAAUAACAGCAGCAGCAGCAGUAGCAGAAGUAGCAGCAACAACAACACCUCUGGCUCCAUGUCCCAAGGGUCGAUUUUGAUAAUCAUAACCAAAUUUCUUUGCUAGAAAUAACAACCCAAAGGCUAAAAUUUCGGUAGUCUAUCUCUUCCGUGGCAAAAAUGGGUUAAUCCCUACAAAAGAAAAGAACGAACGAACGAACGAAUUAACGAACGAAUGAAUUAAUGAAUGAAUGAAAGGAAGGAAUACACUCACACACAUAGGUUACUAGCAUGUGUAGCUACCUAGCUAGCUUGCUAUCUAUUUAGCUAUUUAUUUGGUUUGCUAGCUAGCCGCCUCCUGGUCCGCAUCUGACGAUGUAUAAAUAUUACAACAGCCUGUACGCUUCAGCUGAUGUGAUAGAGAACAACAGUAAACACACAGAAUAAAACCGACUUGCCAGUCGAACGGCCAUGUACCCCGCCACCUCACAUCAUCCAUUGGUUUGUUCUCCUUGCAUCCUCUCUAGCUAUCCAUUUAUCAUCUAUCGACCAUUUCUAAAGAAUUGGCUCGCCACCAACACAUGGGGAUGUAAUAAUAUAUUCGCGUGUAGCAGUAGACGUAGUCAUUUGACUGCAGCCAUGCUGGAGCACCACCGAAGAAAUCAACCUCAAGACUUAUUCUUUGACAUCUAAUGUAGGUAAGGAGCCAUAGGUGGCUCCAUCCACAACAGAUCCAACAUUGGGGCAACUUGUCCUACUGCCUAGUCUCAAUAACAUGUCUGCAUCCAACCAAAAUGAGCGAGUGGUGACGCCAACCCUUAGUGAUGUGCCAUUCUUUGACAGCCUGUUUCGAGAAAUGAAUGUCCAAGUCGAUCAGAUGCACCGUGACAUACAAUCAAUGCGUACUGCAAUGCUUCGAAUGAACCCAAGUGAUGAUUUUGGUGUUGAAUCCAGUACACCAUUGGAUAAAUUUCGUGAUCCUAUUGUUGUUGGCCCAGAUGGUGACAAAUGUUUUCAGGUACAACUUGACGUCAGUCCAUUUAAACCUGAUGAAAUUACCAUCAAAACAAUUGAUAACCAACUGACCAUCCACGCAAAACACGACCAGAAAACAGCCAGUUCCAGCAUCUAUCAUGUCUUCUCUCGGCAAUACACACUCCCAGAUGGCACAAACUCAGAUAAUCUGAGAGCUACUCUUUCUAAUGAUGGUGUUCUCAGUAUCCAAUGUCCAUUGGAAUCAAAUGAGUUAGCUGCCAACUAUCCAAUUGCCAUUCAGAAGGAAUAAUCACCUGCUCCACUUCCCUUACCAAUGCUGUUACUUGCCACAGUGAUACUCUAAGCUACAGUUAAGAGAAUAAUGGUGUGAAAUAAGCAAGGAACUGUUGCUACAGCAGGAAUCCAUAAAGAAGCCUAAGAUGCUGGAAUACAAGAGUUUCUUCGUUUCACUGGUUGUUGGAAAUUAUUAUAACAUGAAAAUUUACACAGAGGACAAUAGAAUCACGUGAUUUUGUUUUCUGUUUUUCUUUAUCUUUCUUCAAGUGUAGCCUUAUUUAAAUAUUAAUUUUGGAGUCAAUAAAUAAACACCUUCAAUAUAACGUAGUGGCAAAAAAUAACAAAAGAAGUCGAAUAUGUAUAUGAAUGUGCAUACAUAGAAAUAUAUGUGUAUAUAUAUACGUUUUUACAUACAUGCAUACAUACAUACAGCCCCCUAAAGCCCUCACUUUUUUUCUUCCUCCAACCACUUUUUCUCAAUCACUCUCUUUAUUUUCCGUCUAUAUUUUGCUUAUCAUGAAGGGCAAGUGUCUGAAAUGUCAAGACUCUCUCCCUUCCUUUAACCUGUUAAACUAAUACAACAUUUGUUAAGACUUGU